AUGCCUCGAGUAUACCCACCCCUCGAGGGUCGUCAACCCAGCGUAACGAUCAACCCGUCUCUCGUCGAAUCAUGCGCCGGCUUCAGCGCAGGCGUCAUUUCUACGCUCGUUGUCCACCCAUUCGACGUUGUCAAAACGAGGUUACAGAUCGAGCAAAACACUCGUGCAAGACCUGGUGGAAGCGUGCGCUCGUUACGCGGAGGUAUCUCAGCGAACAAAGGCGGCGUGGUCAAGGCUUUCUAUCGAGGGUUGAUGCCAAAUAUGGUUGGCAACUCGACGAGUUGGGCGUUGUACUUUCUGUGUUAUGGAAAGAUCAAGGAUGUGGUGGGUGUCAUGCGGAAACAACGAACACCAGACGGAAACGGGCAACUCACGAGUGGUGACUACUUCCUCGCGAGUGGAGCUGCGGGCAUUAUGACGGGCGUCGUCACCAAUCCGAUCUGGGUGAUCAAGACUCGGAUGCUGUCCACUUCAAGAGAUGCACCAGGAGCAUACAAGUCGAUCUGGCAGGGAUUCUGGGCAAUCUUCCGACAAGAAGGACCGAAAGGGUUCUAUCGCGGAUUGGUGCCGAGUCUCUUCGGCGUGUCACACGGCGCCGUGCAAUUCAUGGCCUACGAACAGCUCAAGAACCGAUGGGCGCUAUCAAGGGAAGGAGGACUGGAGGGUCUCACGAACCUGGACUUUUUGAGCCUGUCCGCUGCGAGCAAGAUGUUCGCUGGCAGCUUGACGUACCCCUAUCAGGUGGUGCGGGCGAGACUCCAGAUGUACGAUGCCGGGCAGAAGUACAAGGGCGUAGGGGAUGCGGUGGCGCAGGUGUUCCGGAAAGAGGGCAUCGCUGGAUUUUACAAGGGAUUGGCGCCGAACUUGGUCAGGGUUGUGCCGUCGACUUGUGUGACGUUCUUGGUAUACGAGAACGUCAAAUUCUACCUACCAAGAGUUUGGCAUGAUGCGAAGGAUUCGGUGGAGGAGGAGAAGAUAUGAAGCAGGUUUUCCAAUUGGAUCGACGAAUGAUACCCACGUAUGACAGAAAACAGCAAGACUCUUGGGAACCCCGUACCUCUGGUCGGUCGCAUAAAGCAUAGCAUUGUUUCACCUGAGGACGAGACGAAGAGACAGAACCUAUCAAGUCCAGCAAUACCCAAUCACACCGGUUUUACUCUCAACGUCCGCACGAGCAACCACGCCAAUGCGGAGAUGGGCCGAACGUCGACAAACGGGCCCCUUGGCGAGGCGUCGAACUCGGAUACCAUCAACGCAUCAAAACAAAACAGAACAGCAAAAGUGUGUCACGACAGCACCAAUCCAUCGCAUCCACAGGCAAAAAGUUAUCUUCUCGAACGACAGACAAAUCAGCAA